CAAAUAAUUAUAUAAUAUAUAUUUGAAAUGAUAAAAAUUGAACUAAUUGGGUUGGUCAAGGUUGAACCAUUGAAUAACUUUAAAAUACAUUAUAUUUUAGCCAAUAUAAAAUAAUCGCAUAAUAUAUAUUAUGCCAGAGAAAAUAGCUUGUUUUAGAAUGUCAAACCAAUGAUGUUCAUUUGUUUUACUUGAUGGCCAAAUCCCGUGUAGGUCAGGCCCAUCCAACUCUUUUAUUUUAUGGUUAGCGGUUAGCCCAUUAGAUACCAAGCAUUAGUUUAUUGUUAAAUUUUUUAUGUUCAGCAAUAAAAAGAAGUAUUAAUUUUUCCUUUUCAUAUAUAUUUUAUCACCACGGUGAAAUAAAAGGGCUUAAAGAAAAAAAAUUGACGCUCCUGGACCCGUUCAAAUCCGCAUGUGUACGGUAAGUUGGCCCGUUCCACAAAGGAAAGAGAAAAAAAUUGAUACUCCCUAUUCUACUCUUCCUACAAACACUCCUGGAGUAGGGAAUUUGAAAUGGGAACGCUCCUGUUGUAGGGAAUUUGAAAUGGGGGAAGGGUUUUUCCUCCCUGCUAUUAUAUGUUUUUAAUUUAAAAAAAUACAACAAAUGUACUUAGUGUGAUUGGUUGUGAUCCUUGUUUUCUUUAAAAUGGUCAUGGUUCAAAUCCCAAUAGGUGUCUUUUUAAUGAAUAAAAAAAAGUAAUUGUGAAGACCAAAAUGUCCUUCCUAUUUUCACUCUCAUUGCAGAAAAUUUGAAAUGGGGCUCCCGUUUUUCCCUUCUUUUUGUGGAGGCAUAGGGUGGCCAGAUUGAUGUCAUACCAUCUAGCAUUGAACAAUGUUGUGCUAGCUCUAGACAAAGCCCAACGACUUAGUUCCAGAGCUGGCAUUAGUCUCCUCACAGUUGACCUAAGGACAUACUUAGGGCUGAAUGUAAUCAACUAAUGAUCACUAAAGGCUAAUAAAAAGAGUUAAUCUUGAGAGUUCAACCAAGAUUAGCAAACUAGAAAUCACGACACCUUUCUGGAAGCUGGAAUAACCGUGGUUAAGUUUAUUUCCUCUUCUAUGGCCAUUUACCCAAUGUUUUACCAAAUUAUUACCCUCGGCUAUUUGCAAUACUAUUAACAGGUUAAAUAGCCAGUUUGUGUGGAUGGGGGGGAGGGAGGGAGGGGGUAAAAAAAAUCCAUCAUGUGGCCUGGAACCCACUUAUGAAGCCUCGCAAUCAUGGUGGGAUGAGGAUUCAGCCUACUAACCCUGUCAAUCAAGAUGUGUUAACCAAAGGAUCCUGGAAAUUGAGGACUCAAAAACAAUCACAAUGGAAAAAUAUUAUGAGGAGCAAUUAUGGAAGGAGUAGAAGGGGACUGGAUACACUCGUCAAGGCAAGGGAAAUUCUUUCGCCUGACGUAGUUUUGUUCAGACUGUGAAUAUCUUGCACAAAGGUACAACUUUUAACGUAUAAAGUGGUAAAGCUACUAACGAGCGUGAAGACACAAUUCAUCCCCACAUGAAAAUUCUGAAUGCAUUUCGAAGACCAAUGGCUCAAAAUUGGGUGGUGUGGUUAGUUCGUACAUAUUAUGAAUGAAAUAGAUGCGCCGACUAGAUUUCGAAGCACAAUCUCGUUUAUCCCUUUGUUACGUAUGAAAUAACUUAUCUACCAAACAAGUUGGAAGAAGAUCAUUAAGGAGGACAUCGUUUUGGGAUAAGCUUCCCUUGGACGAUACCCCUGAACGUGAGAUGACCCCUUUGUUUUGCUAUACUAUGUUUGAUGUCUUUGGCUUGAUUUUAGAUGGUCAUAGCUGGACUAAAAUUUGUGUAGGAAACUAUCCCAGUGAUUAGCUCGUGUAAGCUUUUCCUUAAUUCGUAAGCCUCAGGCCCUCGUGUAAGCUUUUCCUUAAUUCGUAAGCCUCAGGCCCUCGUGUAAGCUUUUCCUUAAUUCGUAAGCCUCAGGCCUCCUUUUCAAUAAAUAAGUGAAAUAGCGAAGGGCGCAUUCAGAGAAAGAGAUCAGUGUCUGGUUUGGGCGGACACUCAAUUACAUUUCUAACUUUUUAUUCUUUUUAAUUAUCCUUCCCGUCAUUGACAGGUUAGAAUAUUGAUCCAUAUACCUUGGUUAUGCAUUUAUGAAUAAUUAGAUUGGAUACUCGAUGUUAAGUGGAGUCAAAUCUAAAGAAUAAAAUUAAAUAUUUUUUUAUUUUUCAUACUUUUUUUACCGAUUGGUACCUUCUUUGUUUUAACUAGGAUUUAAUUUUUUUAGAUAGAUUGAAUUUAUAUUAUCUACAAAAUAAUAUUAAGUUUUGGCAUAUUUUGAGGGGUUUUUUUUAUCAGCCAUUGCUACUUAUUAUCACUUUGUUUUUAGCUCAAAUUUAAACACAAUUUAUACAGAAUGAAUGAGUUCAUCGUGAUCUACUGUGAUUUAUAAAUGUAUAGAAAGAUAUUUAGGAUCAAAUAUACCACUCCAUAUUACCUUGGUACAUGAUGGUAAUUGGUGGUUGACGGUGGUGAAAUACAAUAAAUGAUUGUGAAAGAUAAUACAUGAUGAUUAGUAUAUUCAUAUUAUCACGUAUAUAAUCAUUCUACAAUACAUUAUAUUCUUGCUAUAAUGAUAUACUUCUAUACCAUCAUGAUAUAAUCAAUCUUAUGUAAUACCACACAUUACAACCAUGCUACAUAUCGCUAUAUAUGUCUCAAUCGUUUUGUUUUAAAAUAUAUCAAAGUGAAUGUCAUUUUAAAAAAAGUAAGAUUAAUAUGAGUUUUGCGGUGAAAAAACUGAAUUCCUCUUUAAAAAAAGAAACUUUUAAAUUAAAUUUAAAAAAUUAUGAGAUAUUUACUCCCAUGUGAAGCUAAAUUAAGACUUAAGUGAAGCUCAAAUCAUAUUCAUGCCUAACAUAAGAGUCCCCAAUAAUCAGUUUAUUAUCAAGAAGAAAACCCCAUGACUAAAAAAGUUAGACAAUUGAUUAGUUUGUACGUCACUCUCGCGAGUCGCGACAACGGGGUUUCAUGCGUUUCUAAGCAAACUGUUCGGGGCUUUAUGACGUGUCCAUACAAGAAUCCCUGUGCGGAAUUUCAAAAAGGUAACCUUUUUCUUAAAUUAAUAUAUUUUAAUUUUAAAAAUAACUUUUUGUCCUCGAAGAGCGGCAACCAAACACCAGAUCUAGCAGAGUCCCCGCCAUCAACUCCGUGCACUGGACACGUGUCCCCUCCUUCCCUUCUCCUCCUUUUUACUUCUUCUUCCUCCUCUUCUCUGCAACUGAAAAAAGAUAAUUUCGGAAAGAUUCUAACAGAAACAACCAGCCCAGUCGGACGGACGGACGAAUCAAACUGGAAGCCAGCGGAUAUUCACCCAACCCACAUUAGCAGCUCGCACCGACUCUGCUCGUCGUCCGAUCGCCAGCGCUGUCACUCUCUCCAUCGGGAAGUGACACCAGCCAUCUCUCUCCUCUCUCACCGCACAUUUCACAUUUUCCCUCUUCUUUCUGCUUCGCCGUCACCAUCGAACGUCCGGUCAAGAAUUAUUUCUCUCGCCUCUCUCUGCAUCUCUUUCCUUCUCCUUCAUCAGAUCGCUUUCUUCUAUACAGGUAUUGCUAGUUUCGUUUCCUCGUUUCUCUCCUUUGUUUAUGUAUAUAUAUAUAUAUAUUUUUCUCGAUUGCCAUUCGAUCGUUGAAUUCUCUUUCUCCAUUUUCCUCCUGUUGAUUUAGAACGAGAGUCGGUGAGUUGAAGCUCAGCGCUCCUGCAUUUGCUUAAUCAGUAAUGUGCGGACGAAGCUUUUCAUCGCCUCGUCCGGAUCUGAUUGAAUCCUUGAGUUCGCUUUGGUUUACCAUCCGGAUCUAAAUCCAAGUAAUCGUCGCCGUUGUAUUUCCGCAGUUUGCCGGAGAAGGCUCAGAUCGUAGCGAGGUUUAGGGGAAGAGUUUUUACUUUUUUAGUACCUCCGCCAUGAGAGGGCGUCAUCUGGAGAACGCCUACUAUGCUUACAAGCGACUUUCCUCCAAGGAUUUCGUGGAUGAUAGAGAAGAAGCUCCUCCAGAUCCGAUUGAGAUUAGCAAAGAUAUUGGAAACCCUCCAUGGAGGCGAUCUCUGGUGCAUAUACUGGUGGCAACUAUUUCUUCACUCUUGUUUGGUUACCAUCUUGGAGUAGUGAAUGAGACGCUUGAAAGCAUAUCCCGUGAUCUCGGGUUUAGUGGGAAUACGAUGGCGGAAGGCCUUGUGGUGAGUACAUGCUUAGGUGGUGCCUUUUUUGGAUCACUCUUCAGUGGUUGGGUUGCGGAUGGUGUAGGCCGGCGCAGGGCGUUUCAACUUUGUGCAUUGCCUAUGAUAGUUGGGGCUUCAGUGAGUGCCACAACAAAAAACCUAUGGGGCAUGCUUCUUGGAAGGUUACUUGUUGGAACUGGGAUGGGUCUUGGCCCACCUGUAGCAGCUCUUUAUGUGGCAGAGGUUUCCCCAGCUUAUGUAAGGGGUACCUAUGGAAGCUUGACACAAAUUGCAACAUGUUUUGGACUGAUGGGGUCUCUUUAUAUUGGAAUGCCAGCCAAGACGACUAUGGGUUGGUGGCGCAUUUGCUUUUGGGUGUCUGCCAUUCCUGCUGCAUUACUUGCUAUUCUGAUGGAGUUUUGUGCAGAGAGCCCUUACUGGCUUUUAAAGAGCGGACGAAGUGGUGAAGCUGAAGUUGAGUUUGAGAGACUUUUAGGAGCGUUGCAUGUCAAAUCUGCAAUGGCAGAAUUAUCGAAGUCGGACGGGAGAGAUGAAGUGGAGAAAGUCAAGUUCACAGAGUUGCUUUAUGGCCGCCAUUUUAAAGUGGUUUUCAUUGGGUCUACCCUUUUUGCCUUACAACAGCUAUCAGGGAUAAAUGCUGUGUUUUAUUUCUCAUCAACUGUCUUUAAAAGUGCUGGUGUACCAUCAGACUUUGCCAACACGUGUGUAGGACUCUGCAACUUGUUUGGCUCUGUAGUUGCUAUGAUUUUGAUGGAUAGAUUAGGGAGAAGGGUGCUUCUCAUGGGCAGUUUCUUCGGUAUGGCAGUAUCAAUGUGCAUCCAAGCUAUCGGAGCGAGUUCGCUUGUGUCAAGCUCCCAGUCAGUGUAUCUUUCUGUUGGAGGCAUCUUGUCGGUUGUCUUAACAUUUGCCCUUGGUGCUGGUCCAGUUCCUAGUCUCCUCCUAUCAGAAAUAUUGCCAAGUCGGAUUAGAGCCAAGGCGAUGGCAGUUUGUAUGGCCGUCCAUUGGGUUGUAAAUUUCUUUGUUGGGCUCUUGUUUUUGCGGUUACUGGAGCAAAUUGGUCCUCUUGUAUUGUAUACAGUUUUCUCCACUUUUUGUAUGCUUGCUGUAAUCUUUGUGAAAAAGAAUGUCCUCGAAACCAAAGGCAAAUCACUGCAAGAGAUUGAGAUUGCACUUCUACCCCAAGUAUGAAGGUUAGUCAUUUUGUUAUACCAGUUUCCGAAUUGCUUUGCCUUAUCGGACUGAAUUAUUACAUAUCUACCGUCAUAGAUCAAACAGUAAAUACCAACCCCUAGGAGGCUAGGACGUAAACAAUCGUUGUGGAUGCCUUGCUUAACUGUGUAAGUCUGCCAUCACUGCUAAAGUGAUAAUUAAAUCAUAUUAAAAGUUAUUAACCAUACGAUAUAGUAUAUACGGUAUUUUUCCCCCUUAACCAGUAGGUAGUCAUGAUUAGUGAUGCCUGUUGCUUUUGAAUUACAAUAUGGUGCAUUUUAAUAUCUUUCUUUGUUCAAGUUGAAUUCCCUACUUGUUCAAUUGCUUAUGUAGUCCUACGUACUGCUGGUGAGUCAUUCUUCUCCUUAUCACCACAGGUAUUGUAAGUUAUGGCUCCAUCACCUAGCACAUCUCGACCUGCAUCAUUUCUCGUCUAUAGUUGGAGGUAGUUUUUCUGUUUUAAUCUGUCCAAGUUUCUCUCUUGAACUGAGACUUUCAUCUUUCUCAAAGUUUUAGUAGUGCAUCAUAUGCAUUUGGGAAUGUGCAAACCUUUUUAACUUCACAACCAAGCAUGACUGCAUGCCUUCGUGGAAGAGUUUGUGAGAAUUAAAGAAGCACCUUUGAGAUAGCGAAACAGCCCUUGAAAGUCGGUCUAUAGCUAAUGAAUGUUAACCCAUUGCGUAACCUCAUAUGAGGUGAACUUGAAACUUAGGCAGUGGCUGAAUGUCUGCCUAGCUUCCAUUGGUCGUUUGUUCAUUCUGGUGUGGAUUGUAUUGCAAGUAACUGACUAGCUUCAUGGCCACCCUUUCGAUAUUGGCGAUGCAGGGAGAAGACAACUGAUAGUAGAGAGUUACUGAUACAGGCAUGUACCGGAGUUCAGCGUCGGAAGGCAUGUACCACAGUUUGAUGCUGCCUGGCGCCUGCUACUCUAUGGCCCUGGGUUUUGGUAUACGUAUAGCGGUAGAAACCUGAGAUACUCUUACCCUUGAGAGACGGGAAUGUAUAUUUAUUUACAGUGCAAAAUUUCUUUCUGUUCCCUUCUUUGGUUGUUCAAAUUGAUGUUCCGCUGGUGGUAUUUGUAUGAGCACGUUAUUACUUUUGUUCUAUUUUAUACACGGGACGGUCUGAGUUCAGGACGAGUCUGGCUUUCCUUCUUUUAGCAUAUCUAGUUUUUUGGUCCCUGCUUGUUGCGAUAAGAAAAUAAUUAUAUUUAAAAUUUUAUGAACUUACUCAAUGAUUAACUUGACAGUUGACAUAAAAUAUUAAGGAAAACUUUCACAUAAGAUACUUUCAUAGUCUCUUAAUCGUUAUAAACCAUUUACGUAAUAUGAGUAAUAUGAGUGUUUAAUUAACAUAUAAGGAAUAAUCAUCCAUUUAUAAGUUUUAAGUAGUGUCCUAACCUCUCUUUUUUUUUUGCAUAAUUAUAGAUUGAUUAUGUAAUAUGUUUGUUUAAUAUUGAUAUGUAAGAAAAAACUCUCCCUCCAUAAGGUUUAAGAUUUUUACUUAUGACUUACCUAACUAUUUAAUCUUCCAUAAUGUGUGGUGUACUAAUAAAAUCAAAUUAAGAAAAGUAUCACAUUUGAUUUUAAACUUUUAUGUAGAGGUUAACUCACUUUGUAGAGGUUAACUCACGUUAUAAGCAUUAGCCAGUCUCUUAACAUUAUGAAAUAAUUAAAUCAUACAUUUUUUAAUUGAUAUAUAAUAAAUUAUUAUCCUUCCAUAAUAUUUACACAAUGUAUUUGUAAUUCAAGUGACUAUUAUAGCAUGAUAUUAUAUAAAUCUUAUGUAAAGUGUGGUUUAAUAAUUAAAUCAAGUUAUGAUAGUAUAACGCUCCAUUGAAUUGUUAUAUUAAAGUUAACCAACCUAAUAAAUUUUUAAAUAAUGC